AUGGCUUUCGUGAAAAAUUCUCAACAACUGCUAAUUGCUCGCUUUCUUCUCGGCAUGAUUCAAUCUGGUUUUUUUACUGGCACUAUCAUUUAUUUCUCUUUGUGGUAUUGCAAAAAAGAGCAAAUUAUGAGAUUUGCUAUUUUGUUUGGAGCAGUCUUUGCUGCCGGUGUUCUAGAUGACAUUCUAGCAUAUGGUAUUAGUCAUAUGGAAGAUAUUGGCGGUCUGAAGAAUUGGCGAUGGUUGUUUUUAUUUGAAGGCUUGCCGAUCAUUCCACUCGGUGUUAUGACCUAUCUUUUUCUUGGCAGUAUACCCGAUACUGUUCAAUGGUUGAAUAAUUGUGAAAAACUGUUAUUAACGAAUCUUCUUCGCGAAGAUGCAGGUGGAAAAUUACAAUAA